AUGCAAAGUGGUUACCGUGUGCCCCCCAGGGUCCUCAACUCCCUUUUCCAUCUGCAGGACAGCCUGAACGCAGCAGUGCAUCCCAAUUGGCGUGAAACCCGCCGCCCAGAUGACUGGGCUCUUGCCAUUACUAUGGAAAGCUCCGAGUUGAUUGACUCCUACCCGUGGAAGUGGUGGAAGAGCUUGAAGGCCCCGGCGGAUAUGCAGAACGUGAAGAUUGAAAUUGCUGACAUUCUCCAUUUUUCGCUCUCCGGCGAGAUGCAAAAACGGACGGGUGACCCAAAGCUAUGCAAGAAUAUCCCCCUGCAAACGAUGAAGGAGCAGGGCUUUUUCUGCCGUCCACCCACAGACGCUGGGACAACGGCGGCGUCCGGCCAAAGGACAGGUAAUGCCGAUAAAAAUGAGCUCUUUGACCUUAUUUUUUUUCCUCUCACCAACGUUGACAACGCCGUGGCGACGUUUCGAAACAUCAUUCUACUGGCCAGCAUCUAUCGCUUUGACCUCAUCACAGAUGCCCUCAUAUUGGUGGCACGGGACCUGGACUUCAGUCUAGUCGGGUAUUAUGUGGCGAAGUACACCCUGAACCACAUCCGCCAGAUGAAGGGCUACAAGGAGGGCGUGUACGUGAAGGUCCGGGAUGGGGUUGAGGAUAAUGUGCUUUUGCAUGAUUGCGUCCAAGCCAUUCCAAUGGACGAACUUCUCAACGAGGAGACAUACUUGGAGACGUGGAUUAAGAUUGCCAGCUCUGUCUUUGAUGCUUUUGAGAUGCCCGAAGGGGAAAGACAACAGGCAUACAACGGGUUGAAGUCAGCAGCACUGGAAAGGAAGCAGUAG